AUGCCUCUAUUUUCAACGCGAGGCCCCACUAAAGAUAGCUUGGAGUAUGGCAACAUAGACGAUGUCCAAUCUCACCCUAAAUCCAGCAGGCAGCUUACGACGUCCAGCCUCAUUCGCAGGCUGUUCUUCAGCUUAGUUGUUGUCGCAGCACUUGCUCAAGCAUUUUUUCACCAUCUGCCAGACCUUCAACGCCUCAUAGAAACACCCCCAAGCUCUGGUCCUUCGCAUUCACGGGACAUCGCAAAAUGUCCUGGUUACGAAUUGCACUCGUUGAAACACACGAACACCGGACUCACCGCUCGUCUUUCCCUUGCGGGACCUGCCUGCAAUGCUUUUGGAACCGACAUCUCUGACCUCACGAUCAAGGUCGUCUAUGAAACUCAGUCUCGUCUCCAUGUCAACAUCUUCGACACGGCCGACAAACAGUACACCAUUCCCGAGUCUGUGAUCAAGCUACCUCCACCUCCAACCCAAUCUUUCACCAAGAACUCGGACCUCGUUUUAAAUUACGAACCGUCGCCAUUCGCGUUUUGGAUCACGAGAAGAUCACAACCCGAUGCGACACCGCUGUUCGACACCAGAAUCACCUCGUUACCGGAGACGCCUAUCUCGCCUGUAAUCCCAGGCGACAACUCGACAGCUCUGGGUGGAUUUCCUCUUGUUUUCGAGGACCAGUAUCUCCAGUUGGCUUCUGCUGUUCCCAAAAAUACAAACAUCUACGGGCUAGGCGAGGUUAUCGCUAGCUCAGGAUUUCGUAGAAACGUUGGUCCCGCCAAUGACACGAUCCAGACGAUGUGGAGUCGCGACGUGUCAGAGCCAGUCGACGAGAACUUAUACGGCGCGCAUCCCGUCUAUUUGGAGCAUCGUUUCGACCCUCAAAGUGCAACCUCGCAAUCUCAUGGCGUUUUCUUGUUCAGUGCUGCUGGCGGAGACAUCCUCCUCCUGACGCCUCCCUCGUCCAAUGUUUCUCUCGUCGAAUAUAGGAUGAUUGGUGGUGUUUUGGACUUCUACUUCUUCUCUGGGCCCACGCCGAAUGAAGUCAUCGAACAAUUCGGCGCCCUGAUUGGCCUUCCAACGUGGCAACCUGCAUGGGGUUUUGGCUUCCAUCUCUGCCGAUGGGGCUACAAGGACUUGAACGAAACGCGUGAACAGGUUAUCCGGAUGCGCGAAGCCAAUAUUCCUCUCGAAGUUAUGUGGAACGACAUCGAUCUUUACCAUGCCGUUCGUGAUUUCACUUCUGACCCUGUCAGCUAUCCUGGCGACAAAGUGCGAGAGUUCAUACGAGAGCUGAACGCAAAUCACCAGCACUAUAUCCCAAUCGUCGACGCAGCCAUCCCGAAACAGGUCAACGCAACCGACCUGUCGGCGUCCAAGUCAAGGUUACUGAUCUCUGUCGUCCUGUCUAGUAUCAUCCGUACACAAAAGGAGUCGAAGAGUCAGGAGGUGUUUAUCGCGAACCCCGACGGUACGGAGUAUGUUGGACAGGUCUGGCCGGGAUACACGGUUUUCCCUGACUGGUUCCAGAAGAACACCCAGCAGUGGUGGACGGAUGCAUUCCGCAACUGGAGUGAAUCUGGGAUCGAGUUCUCUGGCAUCUGGCUGGACAUGAACGAGGCUAGUUCGUUUUGCGACGGAUCUUGUGGGACUGGAGCCAACCUCACAAACACGAGCGUGCCGUUUAUUCUCCCUGGCGAACCAGGUCAUUUGAUUCUCGAUUAUCCGGAAUGCUACAACGCAACGAUUUUUGGCCCAAGCGGAAACAUUACCGUGAAUGGAACAUUGACAUGUCGUUUCAACGAGGAUGCCACGCCCAUUUCGUCGAUCAACAAGCGAGGCCUUGGAGCUGGCAAGCAGCGGAAUGUCGAUCUGAACACCCCUCCAUAUGCAAUUCAUAACGGCUUCGGACGAUUGUCGACCCAUGCUUUGGCAACUAACGCAACCCACGCCCAAGGUCAAGCUGAGCUUGACGUCCACAACCUUUGGGGUUUGAUGGAACAGAAGGCGACGCAUCUUGUGCUUCAAGAAAUCAUUCCGAAACAGCGUCCGUUCAUCAUUAGCCGCUCAACCUUCCCUUCCUCGGGGAGAUGGACAGGACAUUGGUUGGGAGACAACUUCAGCUUAUGGUCAUAUCUCCGAUACAGCAUAGCCGGUAUACUGCAGUUCCAGAUAUUCCAGAUCCCUUUUGUUGGUGCGGACACGUGUGGCUUUGGUGCGCUCCGUGUUUCAUCCGAAGUUAUCUGA